AAGGCGAAACUCAGACCGUCAACUCCACAUGUAAACAAAGGCGGAGUGAAAACGUAGAAAAAAAUCAUUAAAGACCACAGAGAAGGACAUACGAGGCAAUACAAAGCGAUACAGACCUAGAGAAGAAGACAGAAGCUCAAGAACAAUGGGCGGAGGCAAGAAAGGAGGCGCAUCAGGGGGAGGAAAGGGCGGAGACAAGGGCAAGAAGGGAGACUCAGGAGGCGCCAAGGGAGGAGGAGACGCCGGAGGGAAGGAGAAGAAGGGAGGAACAAGUGUCAAGGUUCGUCAUAUCCUGUGUGAGAAGCAGAGCAAGGUUUUGGAGGCCUUAGAGAAGAUCAAGGCCGGCGAGAAGUUCAACGAGGUGGCUGCCCAGUACUCCGAGGACAAGGCUCGCAGUGGGGGUGACUUAGGGUGGAUGACGCGAGGCUCCAUGGUCGGCCCAUUCCAGGACGCUGCCUUUGCCCUGCCCAUCUCAAACCUCGCCAACCCUGUCUACACCGACCCGCCCGUCAAGACCAAGUUUGGCUACCACAUCAUCAUGGUCGAGGGGAAGAAGUGACCGGAGCCUCGACCGGAUGAAAAAUUGGUUGUGUUCUUGUUAUAGUGUUCAUUGUCAUUUACUCUUCCACCCUUGACAUCCUUUGUAAAGCUUAAGUUUUUGUUGUUUUUUGUUUUCCUCAGUGUUUUUUUUACUCAUCUGUGCAUCCCAUUGAAGGUACUUUGAGCUGAUACUAAUAUUUUUUUUUUUUUUUUUUUUUUUUUUUUUGCAACAAAGGAGACAGCUCAAGGGCACAAAAAAUAAAUAAAUAAAUAAAUAAAAAAAGCCCGCUACUCACUGCUCCUAAAAAGAAUCAAAAGAGGUGGCUGAAAGAGAGGUCAAUUUCGGGAGGAGAGGUGUCCUGAUACCCUCCUUGUGUGUAUUGGGGUAUAUCAUUUAUUCCUCGGGUUUUGCUUGCAACUGGUUUACAAUGUUGGUUAUUUUAUGGUAAACUUUUUCAUUGGUAUAUCCAGAUCCAGAGAUUGCCAACAGGGGUCCUAUUUCUUUCUUUCUGUUGUGUUAUCAGUGUACCCUAAUAAUUAUAUAUGCCUCUGUGGUGUAGUGGUUAGCAUGCCUGGGCCUAUAUUCGAUCUUGCCCAGGUCUUACAGCUGUUCAUUCUCCCUUUCUGACUGGUUGAUAAGUGGGUGUCCAGGGAAGGUAAACUGUGGUGACCCAGAUGCCACACUUCCUCUGUUUCAGGGUAGGAAGUUCUUACCCACCUAAGGCUUAAGGGCCAAUGAGACAGAGACCAAGGACACACACAGCUUAGUAUGUGCCCCAAACUGUACCCUUAAUAAUCCUGUUUUAGUCAUACAUUUAUAUAUGACACACUGAAAAGUCUAACCACUCAACGUUGCAUAUUUUUCUGUUAAAAAUAUACAUGUCAAUAAGAA